UUUUUUUUUCUUUUCUCAUGUCUAUGUUAAUUCGUUCUUUAGUUCAACGUCCAUGUUUGAUUCGCUGUUUUUCUAUAAGACCAUUGCAAUUCAUUUAUCAUCGUUCAUUUAUUACCUUACCUGAUUCUAAGGAUGGAGAAGCGAUCAUGUCAAUGACAACACACACUGAUCCACAUGCUUUAUUAAAACAAUUAGCCCAUCAGGGACGAUCUCAGCAAGCUCAAAAGCUUUAUGACACUACCUUUCGACACACAGCGCCUGAUCCUAUCGUCUAUCGAUAUCUAAUCUUAUCCUAUAUCUACGAUGGACAAGUUGAUGAAGCCAUGAGCAUCUAUUACGAACUACGUGAUCAUCAAAGCAAGAAGAAAGCGAAUUCACAAGUAUUGAAUGAAGAAACCUAUGUGACGAUGAUACAAGCUUUAGCGACGGUGAAUCAUCAUGAUACGACCAAGAAUGGGAGUCAUGAUGAUGUUUAUUGGAGUUUAGAAGGAGGAAAUGAAGAUGAUGAGCCAAGGACACCACUUGCAGCCAUGAUGACACUUUUCAAGGAUAUGCGACACUAUACAACGAAUACAAAGCCAGAAACGAUUACAAGUAUGUAUAUAGAACUUGUACGAUUUUGUGGGAAAUAUCAAGAUAGUGAAGCAUUAGCAAGAGUACGUCGAUGGAUGGGAAUGGAUAUCGACAUCGAUUGGACGUCUGAAGUAGCCUUGAUUAAUGAAUGUUUAAAGGCGUAUCGAUCAGUGAGGGAUGCAUUGACAGCAUGUGAAUUAUGGGAAAUGUAUGGAGGAGAUGCUAAGAUCGUGUUAGAAGCGUGUUUGGAACAAGGCUUAUAUAAACGAGGAGAAUGGAUUAAGCAAAAGAUGUAAAAUAAAACAUAGAACCUGUAUUAAUACUCCUGAUUUUUUUUUUUUUAAAAAAAAAAUGCAGAAAUUACAUAA